AUACAGUACAAUAUAUUAUAUUUAAAAUCGCCCCCAUGGCGGGCUCACAGAAGCCUUAUCCGCGAACGACGGUAAAGAAGAUUGUCAAGGCCCACAGUAACAAGAGUCUCAGCAAAAAUGUAGACAUUCUCAUCUACUUGGACUACAUCCUUUUCAUGCAACAUCUGAUGCGUGAAGCGUCCAUCUCAGCAAAGCAGGCCGGAGAGAAGAACAUCUCGGCGAGAUCAAUACAUAAGGUGACAGAGGAUGCUUUACGAAAGUUUAAAGGAUAGUCUUGUGCUGGGACCGGAGGCGUUGCGGACACGGCGUUCUGAUGUUUAGGCUCGCGUGACAACGCGAUGAAGCAAGACGCGAUGAUGGAGCUACCCUGGCUUUGGUGUGUUAAAAGCUACCAUGGUAGUGGACUAGUGGUAUACCUUCCAAUUAUCAAAUCUGCUACGUUCAAAAUUCUUCAAAUUAAAAUAAUAGACA